CUGUGUUUCUUUUGGGACUGAACAGCUACGGAACCUGGCAGGACAGAAAUCUCCGUCAACAUGUAACCACAUCUAAAACUUCCAAAUAACAAGACCUGGAAAUGCUUUCUCUGCUUUCCCUGGGAUUUUAUGUCGACUGCCUCACCCAUUGCGAUCUUCCUUUCCUUCUAGGUGUCCCUGGUGUUGGCUCUGGUGUGUUCUGUCCCCUUAGAAACUCAGAAAACUUAAAUUUUCCUCCUACAUUAGCCUCGACUUGUCUUACCAUCUUAUAAAAGACCUUUGUCUGCAGAGUGGGCACACUAUGUGGGGACGUCUUCAUGUCUCCAGUGUUGUCCUGCUUUACCUUCUGUUGCUAGGCGCUCAUCCUCUUUGGGGCAUCCCCACCUCAAGAAGAGGGACUUGUAAGUAGCUGAGCCCACAGGCCUUCUUCUCAGGCUAGUAACUGCCGGAAUGCCUAAGAGUGACCUCAUAGAGCAGAGAACCCUUUCCAGGGUCCCUCUUGCUGCUUCUUAGAAUCCAGGUGCCGAGGAAAUCCUUAGGCAGAGGAUUUUUGGUUAUAUGAUAAAAGCAAGGGAUAAAAAUAGAAAAUUUGGGAAAUGUUCCAGUACUUUCACCACAACCCUGUAAAGGUUGUGUCUAGCUCACUGUUUGGCACUGCAUCAGGGGCAUUGUAUGCAAGAUUGAAGAAGAUUAAGAGGAAGGACGUGGAAUGUCAGAAGUUCUUCAGGAAGUUCCUCAAGAGCUCUUUCUUCCAGGUGCUCAUGAUCAGCGCUAUCACCACCAAUGCCGCCUUCAUGGUCUUGGAGACCGAUUACAACAUACAUUAUAGGAUGUUCCAUCUCUUCGAGAUCUCAGAGAUUCUCUUUGUCUCCAUCUACACCUGUGAGUUCCUCAUGAAGGUCUAUGUGGACCCCAUUAAAUACUGGAGCGAUGGCUAUAACCUACUGGAUGUGGUCAUUAUCUUUAUCAUCCUGAUUCCCUAUACCCUCCGAAAGAUCAAGGGACGGCUUUACAAAAACCUCAACAUUGCCGACGGGAUACAGUCUCUGCGAAUCCUGAAGCUUAUCUCCUACAGCAGAGGCAUCAGGACACUCAUCACUGCUGUGGGGCAGACAGUCUACACGGUGGCCUCUGUGCUGACUCUGCUCUUCGUCCUCAUGUACAUCUUCGCUAUCCUGGGAUUCUGCCUGUUUGGCGUUGUGGAGAGGGGCGACCUGAAUAACUGGGGGAACCUGGCUUCAGCUUUCUUCACGCUCUUCAGUCUGGCUACGGUUGAUGGCUGGACAAACCUGCAGGAGCAGCUGGACCAGAGGAAGUUUACUAUUAGUCGGGCAUUCACCAUCCUCUUUAUCCUGCUUGCUUCCUUCAUCUUCCUCAACAUGUUUGUAGGUGUGAUGAUCAUGCACACAGAGGACUCCAUCAAAAAGUUCCAGCGGGAGCUGAUGGUGGAGAGGCACGUGACACUUCUGGAGGAGAAGCAAGUGAUCCUGAGGCGCCAGCAGGAGGAGGUCAACAGGCUGAUAACCACCAAGAAAACCGGCGGCAAGAACUUCUCGGAGCUGGUGGAGGAAUUCAAGAAGACCCUACGGCACACGGAUCCCAUGGUCCUGGAUGAUUUUGGUACUAGCCUCCCCUUCGUCAAUAUCUACUUGUCCACUCUGGACAACCAGGACAAUACUGUCAACAAGCUUCAGGAGCUGUACUAUGAGAUUGUGAACGUGCUGUGUCUGAUGCUUGAAGACCCACCCCAGGAGAAGUCAUCCCACAGCUCGGAAUUACUGAUUUAGAGGUAGUGGGGCAUGUGUGACCUCAAAAGCGUGGCAGUUCCAUUAAACAGCAGCCUUCAGAGGCGGCUUCCAAACUUGUUAGUCUUGGUGUUGGUAAGACCUGCCUUUGGGGAAUAGGCCUGGGUGAGUGCUCAUGGAAGUUGCUCUUCCAGGGCCUUGGU